AUGACGGUUAGGAAUGCGAGCUCUAACUUCAAAGGAUCCAUGUCCUGCAAUAUGGCUAGGUCACGCGUUGGGUCGAGCAAGGCUACGUUGUUGCUGGAUGUCAAAUCAGGAAUUGAAAGUUGUUUUGCAGGGCACGCCGACAAUCGGCCGGGACAUUUCAAGCUAUACGAUGCAACACUUGCUUUGUACUACGUCCUUAAACGGCCCAGUAUCCCGAUGCCUAGCUCGGGUGACUCCAAAGGAUCUGUCUGA